UCACCAAAUAAAAACCACAAAAUAAACAACACACCUCUCAAUUAACACACCCCCCAAAGUCGUCCCCUUUUGGGGUCUUUCUCACAAUCCUCCUUCUUCACGUUUCCUUCUAAUCUCUUAAAAAUCCGAUCAAAACCCAUUUCAAUAAAUCAAAAACCCAUAUCAAAUCCAUUAAAAAGCCAGUCAAUUUUGAUGGGUUCUGAUUUGAUUCAAGAUUCAGUGACAGUUUCAAGAACAAAGUCAAAGUCAAAGCUAAAAUCUGCAGAAAAAUGCUUUCCACCUGGGUUCAGAUUUCAUCCAACUGAUGAAGAAUUGGUUCUUUAUUAUCUGAAAAGAAAGAUCUGUAAGAGAUCUUUGAAGCUUGAUAUUAUUGGUGAAGUUGAUGUUUAUAAAUGGGACCCAGAAGAAUUACCUGGCCAAUCUAAACUGAAAACUGGAGAUAGGCAAUGGUUCUUCUUUAGCCCGCGAGAUAGAAAGUAUCCAAAUGGUGGAAGAUCAAGCCGAGCAACAAUGAAUGGCUACUGGAAGGCAACUGGGAAGGACCGAAUUAUCAAGCGUAAAUUAUCUUCAGUCGGGAUCAAGAAAACCCUUGUCUAUUACCAAGGUCGUGCACCUUCAGGCUUACGGACUGAUUGGGUUAUGCACGAGUACACCAUGGAUGAAGAAGAACUUAAAAGAUGCCCUUUCACUCAAGAACACUACGUUUUAUACAAAAUAUUUAAGAAAAGUGGACCUGGACCCAAAAACGGUGAGCAGUAUGGUGCACCGUUUGUAGAGGAAGAAUGGAGUGAUGAUGACUGCUUGGAUAUUGAUUCGCUCAUGGUGCAAAAGCGUAUUCCAGUCCCUGUAAAUGAUAUCCGAGAAGAAGAGGAUAACAUGUUACCAAAGGAUAUCAUGGAGUUCUUGAACAAAAUCAUUGAUGAGCCUGAAAUGCUUCCACCACUUCCCCAAAUUGUACAUAAACCCGAUAACUGUUUGAUUGAGAAGGCUCCAGAAAAGCAGUCUUUGUUUGAUGAGGAUUUCCUUGAAAUGAAUGAUUUGAUUGGUCCAGAUCCAGAAAUUUGUCCGGGCCAGCAGUUCUCUGAUUUCGGUUCUUUCUCAGGGUAUGAUAUGUACCAUAAUUCAGGUACAUUUGGAAGCCAGCCUCUUGAAUUUCAGGCGGCCUAUAUGGACAACUUUGACUAUGGACCUGAAAACUCGGGACUCGUGAGUGAUGUUGUGAAUCAUGAUCAUGAGGUGGGUGAUGAGCUUCCAGUUAGCUAUGACCUCUGGAAUCAUGAUCAAGGAGAUAGCAGCGUCGUGACUGGUCAAAUGACUCAUCAGUUUGUUUCCAACCCAUCAUCAGGUGUGGUAGUGGAAGAAAAUCCUGGGAAUUCCGAGUAUUAUAUAAAUCAAAAUCCCGAGACCAAUAUGAACAAUAAUACAAACUCAUGGUUCUCGUCUACUUUGUGGGCACUUGUUGACAACAUACCAACUAAUCCAGCUUCUGCAUCAGAAAGUAGUGCACUUGUGAACAAGGCAUUUGAGCGAAUGUCUAGCUUUAGCCGAGGUAAACACAUAAACUUUGCUGCUGCUGCUACUGCCGCUGCUAAUGUUGCUAGUGGCACCACCAAUGCGGCUUUGAAAAGGUUAGAGAAACCAAAAUCAUUGAAAUCAAGUAGUAAGGGCAUCGUUUAUUUUUCUGUUCUUGGAGUAUUGUUUGCUAUAUUAUGGAUAUUUGUAGGUUCAUCUAUCGAAAUAUUAGGUAUAUGGUGGUAAUUAUGUAUAGUAUUUUGAAUGGUUUGCCGUAAUGGUUAUCAGUAUCUUGUUGGUAACAAUGGCAGCCUUGCAAUGUUUGUAGUUAACGAGGGAAUAGUGAAUAGAAAUCUGGUCUGAUGUCGAAAUAAAUACAUGAUUCUUGUUCGUUAGUAA